AUGGAGCACUACACCGACGUGGCGGUCACGGUUGAGCUCUCCGACAACAAGCUCGACGAGAUCAAGACCAAGUUCGAGCGGGUACAUUACUACCCCGACGGCACGUUUCCGGAGGAGCUGCUGGAUCAGGUCGACAUGUGGUACACAGGCUGGAAUGGACUGCCGGAUGUGGUCAAGGACGUGGUGCAGAUCCCAAGGACCAAAGUCGUCCAGCUAUCUUCAGCUGGCGCCAACAAUUUUCUCGCCCGCGAUACGAUGGCCUCCGACAAGGCCAAGGGGCAAAUCAAGGUGUGCUCCGCCUCUGGUAUACAUAUUCUCUCCAUCCCGCCUUAUGUUGUGGCCAACAUCGUCAAUCUGUACAUGAAGAUGCAGAUUCAGCUCCAUAUCGCGCGCUCGGAGGCCAGAUGGCCGUCUCGAAAGGAGAUCAACGAUACGGCGGGCCACUUUGACGCUAAGAACACGGGUAACCGGAAUCUGCGGGGUAGCACCGUCGGCUUCCUUGGUUAUGGACAUAUCGGACGAGAGACGGCGCGGCUCGUCCAGGCAUAUCACUGCCAUGUCAUUGCAGCGAACACGCGCGGAAACAAAGCUGCAGACGACGGCUAUAUCAUUUCCGGGACAGGCGAUCCCGACGGGUCUAUCCCGUCAGCUUAUUACGCCACCAGCGACCCGAGCAGCUUUCGCGACUUUCUGAGCAGGUGCGACGUACUUGUGGCUAGUCUCCCCUCGACCCCGCAGACGCGAUACAUGUUGACAGCGGAGCAUCUCGCCGCACUGCCAAACGGUGCCAUCUUUAUCAACGUCGGCCGAGGAGAUCUAGUCAGAUCAGAGGAUAUUCUGGCUGCUUUGGACAGCCCGAGCGGACUGACAGCAGUGGCGCUGGACGUUACCGACCCCGAACCCCUUCCCGCUGGACAUCCCCUCUUUACCCACCCGAGAGUGAUCAUCACCCCGCACACAAGUGGCGGAUGGGAGGGGUACUUUGAUGACGGGGCGGAUGUAUUGCUGUAUCAGGCGGAGAGGAUCAGAGCGGGGAGAGAGCCGGUCAAUGUGGUCGAUCCGGCUAAGGGCUACUAA